AUGACUUCAGAAGAGACAAGCCGGACUUGUUACGUGUGCAAGAAGCUAUUUUGCUGUGCACUGUGCCGUGAACGACAUGAGGAGAAGAAGCACACGAAACGUCAACCAAACUGUCCAAUCUGUGCGAACCAGAAACUUCCAUUGAAAGCCUUCGAAGAUCCAGCCCUACUCUGUCACAUGGUAACCACUCAUCUACCUCUCUAUUGCUACUUGUGCGGUGAAAUUUUCAAGCAGAGCAAAGAUUUGGAAUCGUUCGGCACGUGCAAGUGGUGGAAAUCUCAGCAUCGUCGCUCACUGAAAUCGGAACAAAAGCCCAUACUAGGUACACCACCUUUGACCUCGGAAGGAAAGGAAUCAUCUGAAUACAAUGGCAGCAAUAUCAGUUCAUUGACCUCUCCUCCAGAACUUUACAGAAACACGAGCACGCCUAUGGUCGUGGGUCAAAAGACCAGCUUCGACUUCAAAACGCCCAACUGUUCGAACUUCUCCCUGAAAACGUCGAAAAUUGAUUCCGCAUCGGUGAAGAACAGUCAAACUUAUAGCAAUUUGCAAGGAAGCAACUCCAAGAGCGAUAGUUCCAACAGUAAUUACGUAAGUCUUCCCUCGGCCACUGUAGAGAAGGAAAUACCCUUGCGUUUGGUACCAUCGAAUCACGGAGACGAAGAAGAGCUCUCGAAAAAUAAGUUGAAAGUGCAAAACACCAUGAAGGACAAAAACGAUAAUAAUCCAAGCGAAUGUUAUAUAGAUAAUAAUUGCGUGGAGGAUAUGGAGUUGACCAAUAUCGAGCAUGAAGUGUUACCAGACUCUCAGAAUUUAGACAUCUAUCCGGGAGAGAGACGUUCAGAUUCCUCAAAGAGGGUUCGAUUCUCCGAUGAAUAUGAGAAUCCUGUGGAACCCAACUCGGUGGCUACUUUUAAUAUGACAGAGAACGAAGAAUAUUUCGAAGCGUGCGACACGUUGUCCGAAAUGAAGCAGUCUCUGGAAAAAUCGCAAAUCAAGAUUUACGAGGACAAUGCGAGAAACACGGAAAAAGAAAAUAAUAGUCCAGUCGAGGUCAAUGUAAAUGAUAAACACUCAUCCGGUACCUCGCGAGUAGUGAUGAUGGUAGUCGUGGAGAAUAAUUCUAACAUCUCAACUUCCGACCUAAUAGACUCUGGCUUAAGAAAAUUGGACCGCGCCAUUUCCAAUAUGAACUUUUCGAACAACAGCCAGAGUUAUGCUAGUUGCAGUAGUUCAUUAACAUCGAGUGAUUGUUGCUACAGCGCCUCUAGUGAUAACUAUUACUCAUAUCGAAACGACUCAAAUAACCCACCUAGUAGAAGUUCAAAUACAUCACCGAAUAACAAGGCUGGUAGCAGUAGCUCUACUGGACUCUUAUCAGUGGUCACCAACGCGGUAAAAAGUGUCAUGAAAAAUUUACCCGGUUUCUCCAAGAACGUCGAAGAAGGACAAGUUUCUUCAAGAGUUAUUCCAACACCCUCUACUUCGGAAUCUUCCAUGUUAAAUUCUGCAUCUUCCAUUUUACAAAGACCAGGAAAACGACCAAGAGAUGUUACCGAAUAUAUACCUUCGACACAGCGGCAAACAGACUUUUCCGUUCCUCAGGUUGAACCCAGAAGUCCUCUCGCGAAACGGCAUCGCGGAUGGUACAAAAUUAAAGGACGAGAACCAAUCGCGAGAAUGCGAAAUCGGCAACAUCCAUCACCUCGUGGGAUAUCGUCGGAAACUCAAGUUUUCCACCAGGGAUCGUUGUCAGUUGGCAAUACAGUUUUGCCUCUUCCUGACAGAGCGCACCAGUCUACACAAACUGAAUAA